AAGAGAAAACAUAGCACGUCGGCCAGAGGUCAACAGUUCCUCUGUGCAGGAAACAAAAUGUGUGUCAGGACCAAAGUGCAAACCAAGGCUUUACAUUUCCAAAUGCAGUUAUGUUAAGUAGCAACCACAUCUAAAGCCGGGACCUGGUGCUGCAUCGGAGCUGACACAGAAGCAGGAUGUCGGUUAAGAGAAGCCUGUAUCAUGCCUUCGGUGAGGUGGAGGACGAGGACGAGGAGGAGGAGGCGUCGACACCACCAAGGGCCCCAGCGGCGACAGCAGCCAUUGACCUCUCACAAAGCCCUGUCCCAUUCAUCAACCUGGUGACUCCCGAGCAGCGCGCCGCGGCGGCUACUACCCAAAGCGGUGCGGCCACGACUGUGAUCUACCAUGUUCACUACCACGGCCCAGCACCGGCACCACCCCCGCCGCCAACAAUCCCACGUCAACAAUCCAAGUUCAGCCUUGCAAUUGACGUGGGAUUGUUGACCACGCAGAUCCCAC